AUGUUUCUAGCUCUCUUCCUUCUCUUGGCCUUGACCACAUCUUCAAGUGCAAAUUACUGUCUCUGCAAAGAAGGGGCAGGAGACAAGGCACUUCAAGCAUCAAUAGACUAUGUUUGUGGAAAUUUAGAUUGCAACCCAAUCCGUGACAAGGGUGCUUGUUAUCAACCAGACACCAUCAAAAGCCAUUGUGAUUGGGCUGUUAACAGCUACUUCCAGAGUCAAGCUCAAGCCCCUGGAAGCUGCGUAUUCACUGGAACUGCCACUACCAGUCAAAACCCACCUUCAAAUUUGGUUACCGGAUGUGUCUAUCCUUCAAGCCCUAGCUCUCCAGGGUCGCUUCCUUCAACUACACCAUCACCGGGAACAAACAAGACAAACGGUGCUUCCAGUUUGGUCAUUUCCCCUGCUUUCGCAAUCUGUUUAUCAACACUAGCGCUUCUGAUGUAACGUUCGUGUGGAGACAAAGACAUCCACAUGGGUCCGUCUUUGGUUCCCUUUUGGGUGGAAAAGGAAGCUUCAGUGGUCAUUGUGGUUUAUAUUUAUGGGAAAGUUGCUCUAAUUAGAAUCUUAAGUAAAUAAAUAAAAUAAAAACAGA